AUGGCGGAUCAUCCGGACUUUCAAUCGCUACCAUGGGCACGAAAACUGCUUUUGGAUGCCGACGUGAGGAUUACAGUGGAUAUACCGAAGAAGUCAGAGGGCAACAUGGCACCCAAUCGCAUGUUCGUCAAGCUGUUGUAUCGACCCGGGGCAAUCAAUGCCCAUGCGAAAUUCUGGAGACCGAACAAUGAGCCUGACGCCCUGCAUCACAAAGAGGAGUGCUAUCUACUAUCGCUUGGACCACUCAUCGAUGGAGCUUCUGGACGAGCGCACGGCGGGUUUAAUGGCAUGGUUCGCAAGGGCUGGCGUAUCGAAUUUGGUGUGACUCAGCAGCGAGCAGAAGAACGGAGAGCUUCUAUCUCAGGCAUCUUUCGGCGCGCGACUGCCACUACACAAGGAUCUGAAUACGACAUCGGUCAUGGCGGAAUUGCCCAAGGCCGGAGUGGUACUAUUCGAGAGAGCAAGCGACGAGGCAUCCCGCAGCUGUCAAAUGGUAAAUGUCGGCUCAGCUAUCAGACUUUCGACCCAGCCGACCAACGAAGACUCCAAGGAUCUGCAUACAUUGGUAUAGCGCCAAGAAGAAACUCUUGCAGCCUUGGCUAG